CGCGCCCGCGGGGAGCUCACUUAUGGACGCGCAGUAGUGGGGUCCGCCGUGACGCCGGAGCUCCGCGAGCGGCGCGUCGCCUCGCAACGGCGCCAGGGACACGUGCCAGUAGGACGCGAAGGGCGACGUGCGGUGGCCGAGGGCCGAGACGUGGCCCUGGGACUUGUCGCGGCCGCGGAAGGCCUUGGGCGUCCAGUAGUUGUAGCGCCUCCGCGGGCAGACGUAGUACUGCGGCGCGAUCAGUCCGUAUUCGGGCCGCUGGCAGACGUAGUUCGGCAGGAGCAGGCAGUAGGGCUUGGCGUUCGCCGCGCAGAACGCGAGCAGGCGCCGGACGUGGUCCGCCGAGUAGGGCGGGUUCGUGACCACAACGUCGUGCGGCGGCAGGCGCUCCGACCGGAGGACCUCAUAAAAGUCCUCGCGCUCGUUGUGUAUCUGCUCGAAGCCCAGGGCCCGCAGGUGCCGCGCGACGGCGCCCGAGCAGUAGUAGGGGUCGUAGAUGCGGAGGUUCGAUCGACCGCGGCCGAGCGCGGCCGCGACGACGUCGAGCGUCGCCGCGAGGUCCGCGUAGGCCUCGGGCGGGCUCUCGCAGUGGUCGUCGGCCUCGGCCUCGAAGGGCAGCAGGGCGGCGUUCCGCGCGCCCGCGUCCCUCACGUCGCGGUUGCGCUUCGUGUCCGCCGCCACGAUUUGUUGCCGCGUUUUUUUUCCAAGUCCCUUCCAGCGCGCUUUGAGUGCCGCGUCGAAGGCCGGGUGGCCCGGGUUCAGGCGGUCGCUGAGCGUGCCGCCGGCGCCGGCUUCGAGCUCUCGGACGAGCGCGGCCUCGGCCGGGGCGAGCGCAGGUGCCGUUGUUUGUUGCUGCGCUUUUUUGGCAGCUUUUUUGGCUUUGCUCUUUUUCUUGUUUUUGGCCAUCCUGGCACGUAUGCUCACUCUGCAAAGUGUGCUGCCUCACCCAGUGAGCAGUGCGCGGCAGUGGCUGACUGAACGUGACUUUUUUGAUACGUUGCCUUAGUUAUCGAUCAGAUCGUGUCCAGAAACGGGUUCCCUAUCCUAAAACAAACACGUAUGCGCGUAGUGCAAG